AUGACAAAGGUUCAGUGCACAGUUUUGGCCCUCUUUACAUGGGCAAUGGCCAGGUCUGCAGAGGUGGCAGAUUCUUGGGUUGAGGACGACGGCACCUGCAAUCUGCAAACCAGGAUGCAUCAGGAGGCUGAGUCGGAUUACGUCCCCAGCUUGAUCGACCAAUUUCUCCAAGCGCCGCUGCCAUCACCGAACCGCAACCUUACAAGCGAGAAUCCGUUGGUCUUCCUGCAUCAGGCACGUGGAGCUGGAACGUCCCUCCGCAAGCUCAUGUACAACUCUUCCAAGAACCUUGGGCUCAAGGCCCACAUCCCAUGUUACGGCGGGGUGGACUGCAAUGACCUCCGCAUGGAGGGUGAGGCUGCUGUCUAUGCUGGACACUUCUGCUGGGAAGAAGCACGAGCCAACCUGCAACAGGUAGGAGCCAAGCAGGUGGGUUGCUUGACGAACUUCCGUGAGCCAGUACCUCGCAUCAUGUCCUGCUACUCGGACCGCUUGGUUGGUGCUGAGCAUGCCGCACCGGCCUGCAUGGGAGACCUUUCAGUUGAGCAGCUGACGAGACUGUUGGUGGACCAUGGCUGCAUCAAUGAGCCAUUCAGAAGGUUCAGCGAAUGCAAGCCAAAUUCAACUGUGAGCAUGGUGGACGGGAAGGCACGUCAGUCUGCUUGGCAAAACACCUUGGACUACAUGUCGCAGUGCGUUCCGAUCAUUGUGGGCAGACAGGUGUCUUUGAAG